AUGGCUCCCCGCGGGGAGGAGCGCUUAUUGAAAGGCAAUGCUACUAACGUACGCUACUCGCCCGCUUCCGCGUCGGCCGCCGCCGCCGGGGUGGGGGAGCGGCAGAGGAGCACGGGGGGAGGGGCACGCCAGGAGAAAGAUUCUCCAGCGCGGCCACCCUCCUCCGCGGCCGGGUGGUGGCCGCCCCUCGGGUGCUGGCUCAGGCUAAGCCUGAGGCGGAUACUCCUACUCCGCUCCUUCUUCCCGCUACGGGGCUCCCGGCGGCGGGGGCAGCCUUGGCGGGGCAUCGGGAGCGGCGGUGAUCGGCGGGCGGCGGCGGCCACGCAUCGGCGGCGGCUUCGGAGGCUCCGGAUUCGUGGCGGUGCCGGCGGCGGCUCCGGCGGCCGGCCUUCGGCGCUGGAGCGGCUCCGGUUUUCGGCGGCGGCGCCGAGGCGGUUUUCGGAGGCGGCGCCGGUGGCGUUUUCGGCGGCGGUGCCGAGGCGGCUUCGGCGGCGGCGCGAGGCGGCGCCCGGCGGCGCGCACCCAUCCAGAAGCACAUUACGUGCACGUUUCCGUGCCCCAGAACCCGAAGAACCCGCGCCCAUUCGCCCCAUACGGCCCCACGCGCCAGCCCAAAGCACUACAAGAUCAUCUUAUCAACGCCACUUCGCCCCAUCCCACCGCAUCCCGUCAUCCCCGCCCAGCUUCCAGGACGAACAGAAGACCCUCAUCUACGUGCUGUCAAGAAGCCGAGACGCGCCCGAGAUCAACAUCCCCACCCGGCUCCCCUCCGCGCCCUCCAAGCCGAGGUGUACUUCAUCCCGCUACAAGACCGCAGAAUGGAGGCUUCUGCCGGUGGCGCCAUCGCGCGCGGCGACGCGCGGCGGCAUGGUUGAGCAUCGGGGGCCGGCAUCGGUGGAGGCAUCGCCGCGGCAAUCGGUGGAGGACUCGGCCGAGGAAUUGGUGGAGGACUCGCGGCCGGCUCCGGGCCUGGGCGCAUGGAGGGCUCGCGCAGACUGGCAGUUUGAGCGGCAUGCGGCGGCCCGGCCGGCACGGCGGCGGCAUCGGCGCGGCAUGCGGCGCGGCAGCGGCGUCGGCGUCACCGGCGGCGGCGGCGGCGUCAGCUCCUCCUACGGCGUGCCUGGCCGAACCGGCGGCCCCUACUAA